GAGCUGGGAAAAUACGGCUUGCUGUACUACAACGCACUGUUUAUGAUCCUUCCCACCUUGACCAUUGCCUACUUCACCGGAGAUGCGCAAAAGGCAAUGGAGUACCAGGGCUGGGCAGACACGCUCUUCGUCAUGCAGUUUACGCUGUCUUGUGUGAUGGGGUUUAUUCUGAUGUACUCCACGGUUCUUUGCACUCAGUAUAACUCUGCUCUUACAACUACAAUAGUUGGCUGCAUUAAGAAUAUUUUAAUAACCUAUAUUGGGAUGUUUUUUGGAGGAGACUAUAUUUUUACAUGGACGAACUUCAUUGGUCUAAAUAUCAGUAUUGCUGGAAGCCUGGUGUAUUCCUACAUCACUUUCACGGAGGAGCAGAUGAGCAAGCAGUCUGAAGCUGGCCUCAAGAUGGAUAUUAAAGGAAAAAGUUCCGUGUGA